CACCAGCUGAUCACCACCGCAAACGUUUCCAGUCCAUUUAUCACAAUUAUAUCUUGAUCUAUGAUCCAUGUUGAUAGUCGAUAUUUAAUUUUGUUUGAUAAGAUACAUUUUUAUGUGUGAUUAAAACUUCAUUUUUACAUGUAAUUUUAUAAAAUAUUAAAACUAACAAUAAUAUUACAAUGGUAAUUAUAAUUUUCGUGAAUUCACGAUGACUUAAUAGAACAUUUUGGGUUGAUAAAUCCAUUUAUUUAAGUUCCUUAUGUAGGAACACGUUUGUUGUGUAUUAUGGAGUUGUCAAAAACUCGAAGAACUGUGGGAAAGGAGAAAAUGUCGUUUUCGGUACGGUUCAAUGCAGAAGAUGAAGAGGUAGAAGGAUUGUGUUCUAUUCCCACAAAAGUACAAUCAACAGGGUCGACCGAUGAACAAUUAAAAACACCUGAACAAUCCUCUGGGAAUUCUCAUUACUUAGGCCUAUUUGGAUUAAAAAGAUCAUCUAGUUUAGAUGCUGAAUCUUCACCUUGUGAUUCGACUAUUAAACGCCUUGAUAGUUUUCUAUCGGAUAUUAAAGAAGGAUUGUGGAGAAGCGAGAGUGGUGGUGAUUUAAGCAUAAUGUCAAAGAAAACUGAUGACUCUGGUCAAGAUGAUGAUUCUAUUUCUAUGAUAUCAAAUGAAAUUGAUGAAGCUGAAGAAGAGGAACAAAUUCAAUAUAAUAUUAUUGAUAGAAAUUUGUUUGGUAUUCGCCGUAGAUACACAAAGUUAACAGAAAAAAACAUAGCAAUAGAUAAUAUAGAGACGGCAAAAGAUGCUUUAGAAGACUUAGAGCUGAAAUCAAAUACUCCAGUAGUAAUUCAACAUGGUUGCUCAGAACAUGAACAUCUAAAACCAAAAGAUAAAGUGAAAUAUGUUAUAUUAAUUUUGUUUGGAAUAACCGGAUGUUAUAUCAGCUACAAAUAUAUGCCAAUGUAUUUAAAUACUUUUGUGCUUGGUGGUCUUAUUGCAUAUAAGUUUAGACAUGUUUUGGAAAUAUUUACAAAAGAAGAUUAUAAAAAAAAUCAGUUCCUACCUAAUUUAGACUAUAUUCCUGAUAAUGAAGCUUCUAUUAUACGAUCAUUGAAAAGUUUAUAUGACCUCGAUCCAAGCUUGAUGUUGUUUAAAGGAUGGAUGAACCAAUUUCUCUACGAUUAUCGCCCAGAAACUUAUCGACUUUCACUUACUAUUUCUGUAUAUGUUAGAUUAAAAGGAUCAAUACUUAUUAUGUCUUAUCCAUAUUAUAAAGUUCCUAAAAGAUCUUUAUAUAAUGAAACCAAACCUAAAUUGUUGUUUGUUAAGGAGUGCAUGUAUAAGUUGUCAAAAUGUAACAUUACUUUAUUACCUCAAAAUUUAGUAAAUAAAAGAAAAUGGAGUAAAAAAUACCCUAUUUGUAUAGAAUUAAACUCUGAGUCUUUAAUUGGUGUUCGACGCUCAUUAAAAUUUAAAAAAUUUAUUCAAGGACCAGAUGAAUGGAUGUGUAAAGAUUAUGUUACACCGUCAUCACAAGCUAAGUCAUAUUAUGAGGAAAUGUUGGAAUGUGGCAUAUCAGAUAUGAAAGAUGAUUAUGACUUUAAAAAUGAAGUUAGUUAUUCCGAAAAUAAGCAAAAUGAAAAGAAAAAAUCAAAGACUGAUGUGAGCCUAAAUGACCGUAAAAUCAAUGAGUCAGAGGCAACUACAUCAAAAAGUUCUGAAAAAUUGACUGAUGUGGAAGAAAACAAUGAAGUAGAUGGUGAAUGGAAAACUGAUUCCGAUAAAAUUUAUUUAUUUGCUAGAAAUGAUCCAGAAAAAGAAUUAUGGUUUCAUCGAUUAAAUCUUUCUUCUGCAUUUGAUGUGGUAGUUACUGAUGAACUGACAAAUAAGAAAAAGCAAAAUGUAGAAGAACAUAACAAAUUUAUCAAAGCUUAUCUUGGUUAUCUGUUUAAUGUUUACGAAUUAUCUAAUUAUCCAGUAUUGAUGGAUGUUCAAAAAAAAAAAGAGAACUUGGUGGCAGCUCAAAUUAAUGACAUUUCUGAUGAGUAUUUAUGGUUAAAUAUGCUUUUGGGCCGCGUAUGCUUUGAUUAUUUACAAAAUCCUAAAAUACUUGAAAUGAUUGCCGACAAAUUCCAAAAGAAGUUAAAUGCUAUAAGGUUGCCAAAAGUAAUGGAUAUACUGGUGAUUCGAAGUUUAUGUUUUGGGAAGGGUGAAAUACCAACUAUACGCAGCGUAUCAAAACCUUGGGUGGAUCAUCGAGGAAUAUGGUUUGAAGUUGAAAUUACCUAUAAUGGAACAUUUCAAGCAUCAGUUGAUACUAAACUUAACCUUAUGAAAUUAAAAAAAGAAGAAGCUCGACAACAAAAAGAUGAAGUAAGUGCUGUGUACGACUCUAAUCAAGAAGAUAGUGGAGAGACAUCAAAUGAUGAAGGACAUGCACGAGAGGAUGUUAAUUUUGCAGAAAGAUUGUUUGAACAGCAGGCCUUAAAUGACCCACCACCACCUCAAGGAAGCCGUAUUACAAGGUUUAUGGAAAAUUGCUCUUCUGGUUUUCUUGAACUGAAAUUUGUAAGAAAAGUUUUUGAAAAUGUUGCUAAAAAGGAACUUACUCUCGUAAUAGAUGUGAAACAAUUAGUUGGAACGCUUAUUAUCAAUUUGCCUCCACCGCCCACCGAUCGUGUUUGGGUUUCUUUUAAAGGUAGUCCGCAAAUAAACUUUGAAGCUAAGCCAAAAGUAAAUGACACAAAUGUUCCACUCAUGGAUGUCCUUACUAAAGCUUUACAUAAUAUUUUAAUCAAAGAAUUUGAAAAAGUUAUUGUUCUACCAAAUAUGAUUGAUUUUUCCAUACCAUUGAUGAAUAGUGAAUAUUAAUUUAAACCUUUAGAGAAUUUAAUUUUAAAGGAUUACACAGAGGGUUUAAUUAAUAAAAAAAGGUAAUUGUAAGUUUUUAUAAAAAAAUAUAUAUGAUUAUAAUGAGGAUGUCAGCAUUUGUUACCAAUGAUUUAAGAAAAAUACUAAAAAAUAUGACUGUGAUAAUGUUUUAGUUUUGCCAAUAUAUUUCAUUAUAAUAUAUAUUUUUACUUUAGUUUAUCACUUCUUCCAUUGUUUAAAUAGUAUUGUUUAUUUAUGUUAUAAGAUUGUUUAAUGAAAGUAGUUCGAUUAGUGGGAAAUGCACAUAUUUAACAAAUGGAUAAAAAUCCUAUAUUCAAAAGGCUGUAAUAUCUAAUCGAAUUACCUACUGGGUACUUUAUACUCUUUCUAUUUUAAGAUUUUAAAAUAUGUGUUUUGUUCUAUUUUUAAUGUUAAGUCUGGAUUGUAAAUCAUACAAUACCUAAAACACAACUAUUUUUCAGAUUUGUUUAUUACAUUAUAUUUUUUAUUUAUAUUUUUACUAAUGAUUUUAAUACAUUCAUUAUGAAUAAU